GGGACGUAUCUCGGCAGUUGCUAAGUGUGGACGUGUUGUCAGUUCAGGUGAAAGGAAAAGCAAGAAAGACGGUUAUGUACUCCGGUGUUAUAGCAUACGGUUGAGUAAAGACACGUUAAAGUUUUUGCGAACUUUUCUAUUUUUAUUUCCUCAAAUUUUAUUCCUUUUAUUCCUCCUGCGAUACAGCGACAGCCUGCUAACUAACGUUACGUUUCUUAUCAAGAGGGUGUCCGAUUUCCCCUCCUCAGAGGCAUUGCGAUGCCCUCUGAUUUCAUAUCCCUACUCAGCGCUGAUCUCGACCUCAAUUCCCCCAAAUCCCUAUAUUCUAAAGAAUCAGUCUAUGACCUUCUCCCCAAAGAGCUGCAACUGCCAUCCUCCACUGAGAGCAACACAGCAGCCAUGAGUCAGAAGAGUGGUGGAGAGGCAGGUCCCCCUCCUCUGACAGCUGUUGCUUCAGAUGCCACCUCCACAUCCUCUUCUAUGCCCAUGGGAGGUCCUCGCUCUGCUUUUCCUGCCUCUUCCAGCCCCACCAUACACUCCUCUACCUCAGCCACCAACCGGGCCUCCAUUCACAGCAGCUGUGCUCCAAGUGAUGGGGUAAGUAGCCGAGGGAUGACAGAGAUGCUGGUCCUGGAGGGCCAGCAGUCUGGAGCCGGAGCGGGAGGCAGUGGUGGCUGCAGCGGAAGCAGGGUCGGUGCUAAUGGAGGAGGAGCAGGAUCUCAGCAGCACCAGACAACACCCUCCAAGCGCCGGACGGUCCUGAAUAUCUCGCCACCCCCGGAGGAUCUGUUGGAUGACAGCCACAUGUCCUGCCAAGAUGAGCUGCUCCAGGACUCAGAACAGAGCAACAGCAUCUGGAUGGAAGACUCUGCUUCCAACUUCAGCAUCAUGAGCUCCAGCUCUUACAAUGACAACACUGAGGUCCCCCGUAAGUCUCGCAAGCGCACACCACGCCAGCGUCCUGGGCCUAAGCCUACAACCACCGAAGAAGCCAGUAUGGACGUCUUUGAUGCAGACAGUGCCAAGGGGCCACACUUUGUCCUCUCCCAGUUGGGCCCAGACAGCAAGGCUUGUCCCAAAGGAAGCUCAACAGAGGGUCCUCAGACACCCAGUCAGAAACCUGGGACACUGUCAGGUCAGUACCCUUCAAAGGCCGAGGGGAAGGAGCUGAAGAUCCUGGUGCAGCCGGAGACCCAGCACAGAGCCCGGUACCUGACAGAGGGCAGCCGGGGCUCUGUGAAGGACCGCACACAGCAAGGCUUCCCCACUGUCAAGUUGGAGGGUGUGAAUGAGCCAGUGGUCCUGCAGGUGUUUGUGGGCAAUGAUGCGGGUCGUGUGAAGCCACAUGGCUUCUACCAAGCCUGCCGGGUCACGGGCCGCAACACCACAGCUUGUAAGGAAGUGGAUAUUGAAGGCACCACUGUCAUUGAAGUAUGCCUGGAUCCCAGCAGCAACAUGACCUUAGCGGUGGACUGUGUGGGCAUCCUGAAGCUCAGGAACGCAGACGUAGAGGCACGCAUUGGGGUUGCUGGUUCCAAGAAGAAGAGCACGCGGGCCAGGCUGGCGUUUCGAGUUAACAUCCCCCGAGCUGAUGGUUCUAUUCUAACAUUACAGACCCCUUCAUCACCCAUCCUCUGCACACAGCCUGCAGGAAUUCCUGAGAUUUUGAAGAAGAGCCUGCACAGCUGCACCGCGAAAGGAGGAGAAGAAGUUUUCCUCAUCGGGAAGAACUUUCUCAAAGGAACAAAAGUCAUAUUUCAGGAAAAUGCUUCAGAUGAGAAAUCCUGGAAGGCAGAAGCAGAGAUUGACAUGGAGCUUUUUCAUCAGAAUCAUUUAAUCGUGAAAGUCCCUCCAUAUCAGAACCUGGCAAUCUCAUCUCCUGUGUCUGUGGGGAUCUACGUGGUGACAAAUGCUGGGAGAUCCCACGACGUGCAUCCUUUCACCUACACACCAGAGCCAGGGAAAGCAGUGGAUGUGACUGUGAAGAAAGAGGCACAAUGUCCAGCCAAGCCCUGCUCGUUUGAAGAGCAGAUGAAAGUAAUACAGAGCAGCAGCUGUAGCCUGGAUAGUGCUUUGAUAGCCCCAUUGAUGUCCGUUGUCAAGAGGGAAGAUGUCACCCCAAUGGAGGUCUCCAGCAAUCCUUCUGCAGCUGGUAUCUUUAAGAACUCAGAUGUCAUUGGGUCGGCCCAGCAGACCCUGGACAUAAGUUCCAGUGUUCCCACCAACAGCAAUCCCUUCCCCAGUGCUAUGCCUUGUCAGCCAGGGGACCCAGAACAGCCGAAGCCUGCUGUCUUUGCUAAUGCAGAGCCCCUGAGCACCAUACAGAAGCAGGACAUCGCUCCCAGCGCUUCCUUCUCUGGGGCUGGUGACUCCCUGCUCCAGCAAGUCCCCCAGCAGUUCCUCCUGGAGCCCAGAGAGAGCCUGCCCCAGGAGAGGACCAGCAGCAGCGCUGGAAGUGUGGUGGACUUGUCUGAAAUGGUGGAGGCCCCACAGCAGCAGCCCCAGCUUCCCAUCUUCCCACAGGACGGGGUGGCCCAGCUGGAGAGGGCAGUGCGGGAGCUGCAGGCGGGGGGAUUCUCCACCACCGGCUCAGGCAGUAACAGCCUAGUCCAGCAGGUCCUGGAGGCAGCGGCACAACAGCAGCUCAACUCAGUCCUGUAUAGCCCAGGCCCCUCUGCCGACAGCAUGCAGCAACAGGUCCAGGAUAACAUGAAUAGCCUGCAGCUGCAGUCGGCAGAAAGCUCUCUUGCUAAGCAGCAGCAGCAACAGCAACAGCAGCAGCAGCAGCAACAGCAACAGGUCCUGGAGAACCUGCAGCAGCAGCUGCAGUCAGAGCUGUUCCAGCCACAGAUCCCCAUGCAGUGUGGCAUUUUCCAGGGGGGUGCUCCGAGUGAGACUUCUGAGCAGCAGGCUUCCCCCCAGUCCAUGGUACAGAACAACAGCACGCUCUUUCAGCCGUCUGAAGGCUUGAUCCGUGGUGCCUCCCACCAACAGCAAUCACAGCAACAGGCAGCGCUUUUCCAGCAAGCAGGAGAGCUCCUGUCCAUCCAGACCUCCAACUUCCUCCAGCAGCCUCCCUCUCACCCCUCCCCUCCUCAGCAGCUGUUCCAUACCCCCAGUCCAAUGUCCGAAUCACAGGAUCCACAGGGGUCGAUGUUCCACGCUCAGCAGACCUCCCCCACCCAGGAGCAGGUCCAGGCAGCCAUUUUUCAGAACACCCUGACUGUGCUGACGGGCUCCACGCUCUCUCCAGAGCAGCAGCCAGCUGCCUCUGGUCUGUUCCUCUCUCCCACCACACUGCCUGGCCAGCUUACCGCAGACAGCAGUCAGCAACAGCAGCAGCAGCUGGCCUUCCUCACCUCCCUGCAGACGUCUACCACAGAGCCUCAGUCGGUGUCAGUGUUCCAGGCCCAGCCCCAGCUGUCCCCUCUGCAGCAGAGCACCCCCAUGGAGCAGCAGCAGCCAUCUCAGCAGCAGCAGCCAGCACAACAGCAGGACUCCAUAUUUCAGAGUAUCUCUCCCCACCCCCCUGCCAACACACAUGCCCCAAACCAACAGCAGCAACAGCAGCAGCAACAGCAGGCUGGCCUCCUGUUCUGCAGCAAUGCCCUGAGCCCCCAGGAACAGCCCCCCACUCUGCUUUUCAGUGGACAGGCCCAGAUACCGCCCAUGAGCAGCAGCAGCCUCCCCUCUCAGGUACCCCAAAAUCCCCCUCUCCUGUUUUCCCAGGCCAGCACGGUGGCUGUCAGCCAGCAGGAGCCAUCAGAGCCCAUGUCCUUCCAGGACCAGAGCUCUGUGGCUGUUAACCCCCUGACCAGCGAGUCCACCCAGCAGAGCCUUUUCCAAGACCAGCAGCCCAUGCAGGUAGCACCAAGCCCUAACAGUGCCCCUGAGCAGCCUGUCACCAUCUUCAUGACCCAGCCCACCAUAUCGGCCCUACAGGGGGGCAUGGGUACUCAGGAGCUCCCCCAGACGGCCAUAUUUACCACGCAGAAUGGGGUUGCAGGUCUGCAGACCACCACUUCCUCUCCAGUACAACAGCCUGGGUCGCUCUUCCAGACAACCAUAAGCGGGACCAUGAGCCAGCCCAGCCAGUCUCAGCAGCCUGGCCUCUUUCUCUUUGGAAUCCAGAAUGAGUGUGGCCAGCUUAUAAAUUCCCCUGGGCCCACGCUGUCUGAUCAGCUCAUUGCCAUCAGUCAGUCGGGUCAGAACCAAGGCGAGAGUGAUUCGCAGAUUCAGUCUCUGCUCAGCCAGUCCAUGUCAGAGUCCGGGACCAUGCAGGGCAGUAUGAGCACCUCCCAAAAUAUGGAAAAGAUAGAUGAUCUGCUGGUGAGCCUUCAAGAGCAGGGGAACAACAUCUCCCGUUCCUACUAAGGUGGCUGUGAGACACAGGGCCUGUGAGGAGUUUAAGGAGGUUCAGAAGAACAAAUCAACCAGGUCCUGUCACAGCUACAAGUGGCAUCAAAGCUUCAGCUGCUUGUGGUUCUAAAAUCUGUUCCUCAUGUAGAUGUGCAAAAGGAGGCAAAGAGGGCAGUGCCAGCGUCAACCAGAUCUGGUGCAGAGUGUAGAGCACAAGGGUCGCCAGUCUGACUUGUGCUACGGACUGUAAAAUGAACAGCAUCACUGUUGGGUAGCUCCCUGCUGUAUGGCUAUAGCUGUGAAUGAAAUGUAUCACCUGUUGGAGUGUGAGUUAAACUUAUUAGUUCUCAGUGCAGCACUUUGCAGUGUAGUUUUUCAAGGUGUUGCAGCAAUCAAGCAUACAGUCAUCCUGAAUUAUGUUGGAUGACACUGUGUGCUUUAGUAACUGUUUAUAAAGUAUUGCGCUUCUCUCUUUUUUUUUUUUAAAUAGAUCUCUUUGGGGUAAAUCAGAUUGAAAGACAAUACACAAAUCAACAAAAAAAAAACCUUUGAUAUUUUUUAACAUUAUAUGUUGAG